AGAAUUUUGGGUGAACUAGUCCUUUAUUUAUUCAUUCAUUUAUUUAUUUAUUUAUUUAAUCAGCACAGUGACAGUAAUGUAACGUUCACUGUAAAAUCGUUGGCUUUAAUAGGUCGACAUGCCGAGUCUACUUGAGCUGAUAUCACUCUACAGACUGUUGCAUCAUGGGAUCCACAUGGUCACCGAUUACAUUCUCACACACACACACACACACACACACACACACACACACACACACACACACACACACACACACACACGGUGAGUAGUAUUAGAUACUACAGGCUGGAGCUGCUCUACCAUUGGUUCACUGGCAUCGGAAGGCCGUGUGUCAGCGUCGGAUGAACAAAAGAUAGCGAGGACCAGAGAGACCGGCGCAGCAGAGAGGCGGCACGCUGCUAGAGAGACGGAGGACGGAAGAUGAGCAGGACGCGUUCAAGUACUCUAUCGUAUCGUCUCUGUAGUCCUCCUCUGGUUCAUAUUGUAGGCUUUAAUGUUCUUUUAAGCUUUUAAGCGUCACCCACAAGCAACCGAAUGAGGAAACCGCUCUGUCUCGCUUUCCCCCGCUUCCUGCCUCGCCCCUGAGCUGCCGCCUGCCUCUCCUCUCAGCGGCGGAGAAGAAGAAGAGGAACUACCCGGCGGGCAUCAUGGUGGCCGGCGAUCUCGUGCAGGAGCAUCUGCGCGCGGAUGCCGGCGCACCUGACGACAUCACGGUCGGCAGGAAGAGUCCUGUGCCGGAGGGAGCAGCCGAGCCGACGUACGGAGCGGAGCCGACCUGGGAGACGGACUCCGAGCGGGCGCCGGAGCCGGAAAAGGAGAAAGAGGCGCCGGCGGAUGAGAGAGAGGCGAUGCUGCCCAACGGAGGAGGAGCGGAGGCGGGGGAGAAGAGGCUGGAGACCAGGCUGUCCCGGCGCCGGUUCGCCGUGCUCGCCGUCUUCAGCCUGUACUCGUUAGUGAACGCCUACCAGUGGAUCCAGUACAGCAUCAUCGCCAACGUGUUCACCCAGUACUACGGGGUGACCUACGACAAGGUGGACUGGCUCUCCAUCGUCUACAUGGUCGCCUACGUGCCGCUCAUCUUCCCGGCCACCUGGCUGCUGGACCGGAAGGGUCUGCGGCUCACGGCCCUGCUGGGCGCCGGCCUCAACUGCGCGGGCGCCUGGCUCAAGUGCGCCAGCGCGAGCCCCGAGCGCUUCGGGGUCACCGUCACCGCGCAGGUCGUCUGCUCCGUGGCGCAGGUGUUCAUCCUCGGCCUGCCGUCCCGCAUCGCCUCGGUGUGGUUCGGACCGCGGGAGGUUUCGACGGCGUGUGCCACAGCCGUGCUCGGGAACCAGUUGGGGACAGCCAUAGGCUUCCUGUUGCCUCCAGUUUUGGUUCCCAACACAAAAAAUGACACAGUGCUGAUGGGUCACAACAUCAGUGUCAUGUUCUACGGCACCGCUGCGGUUUCCACGGCCCUCUUCAUCCUCACAGUUAUAGUGAUAAAGGACCGCCCCAGCAUCCCACCCAGUCACGCCCAGGCAGUCCUCCCAGACUCUCCUCCUGAGGAUUACUCCUACAAACAGUCCAUCCUCAACCUGAUAAAAAACAAAGCUUUUGUCCUCCUGCUCAUCACCUACGGUAUAAUGACCGGAUCCUUCUACUCUGUCUCAACACUCCUCAGCCAGAUGAUCAUGGCCUGUUAUGAGAACCAGGAGUUGAACGCUGGGAGAAUCGGUUUGACUCUGGUUGUCGCGGGAAUGGUCGGCUCCAUCCUCUGUGGCCUGUGGCUGGACCACACGAAGACGUACAAGAUGACGACUCUGAUGGUGUACACCCUGUCGUUCCUGGGCAUGUUGGUCUUCACCUUCACUCUGGACCUCGACAACAUCUACCUGGUCUUCUUCACGGCUGGAGUGCUGGGGUUCUUCAUGACGGGUUACCUUCCUCUGGGCUUCGAGUUUGCGGUGGAGAUCACCUACCCAGAGUCUGAGGGGACGUCGUCAGGACUCCUCAAUGCUUUCGCUCAGAUUUUUGGGAUUAUUUUCACUCUGAUUCAGGGCAAACUGACCUCAGUCUACAGCCCUCUGGCUGGAAACCUCUUCCUCUGUGGCUGGAUAUUCCUGGGAAUACUGCUCACUGCCUUAAUCAAGUCUGAACUGAAAAGACACAACGUCAACAUGGGAGCCAACGGCAACCACCUGCAAGCACUUACCACUGAUUGUCCUGGGGAGAAAAGCAACGGCGUCAAGUUGGAACCCUCGUUCAGCUUCUCCCAUGAAACGUCGCUGUGACGCCGCCAGGUCAGCGGAUAGUAGGACAGAUGGGAAGGUCUCCCUGCUGCCCUGGGAUAAGUGCUGGCACUGUAGUCUCUGUGAGGAACCUCAAGGUGCACUUGAAUAUUAAUUCCCAAGUACAACCUCCUCGAUAAUUGGACAGCUGGAUUUUUCGGGACGUGAGCCGAGUCUUAUCAAGCACAUUCACAAUCUACAGUGAAAAGAAGCCAAGAGGGGAUGACCACAGCUGGUCAACGCUCCUUCGAAGCAUUACCUCCAGUUGACAGAACUCUGUGGUUCCUCUCAGAAAGAUCGACGUGGAUCGGUAAAAAAAAGUAUGCAGAAGAAGCUCCACUGCACUUUAUUUGUAUCGUAGGUGAAGCAUGGCGCUCCUGCGUUUGGUUAACUCUAUGUAAAUCCAGUUUAUUACUGGAUCACCAUCACACGGUCUGCUGUAGUUGAUUCUUGACAGAUCGCAGCAGCAGGUCGGAGUCUUCAGGAUGAACUCGAGAGUCGUCCUGCAGCCACUGCCCGCUGCACAGGGCCAACGUCUCCUGAGUUUACUUGAAUUAUACUUUCACGCUCUGGACUGUAAAACACUGUAAAUGUUGUUAAUAGUCCUUCAUUUAGUUUCUUCUCUACACACGACACUGGUUCUGUUGCCAUCUGAAAUCUCUUGUGAAGCUGCUUGGGAUAAGGACAGUCGACGUAAAUCUUGUCAGCCAGGCGAAAAGAAUGGGCAGAUGACGUAGCAGCAAGUCUGCAGUCUAAGCGAUUUAAAAAAGUACAUGAAAGUAACUGAGCUCACACAACUCACGCUCCACUCAGAAGAAAAGAGCUCAGACAUUUAGAGAUCCCUCUUUUCCUUCCCAUUUGUCACCUCCACAAGGCGUCAAAGGAAGUUGAGGGAAGGGGAGGGCAUGUAGAGGUGCUGCCCCCUAAAAACCGGAUGAUUAGUGUCAUCGUUCGAUAUGACAUUCAGUCGACGCGCGCUUCUUGACAUAGUACACGGGGCAACGUAGGAUGUAAACUUCAAAAGCGAGUCUAGAAAUGACCACAAAUCCUAAAACUAACCUAAGUCUCCUGAAACACUUUUGAAUCAGAUCAACCUCUGCUACUGCCACCCGAGAGAGAUCCGAGCAGGACGCACAGUUUUACUGACUCUGACCGCUUGGCAAUCAAAUCAUAGUUUUCAAGGACACGACUAUGAUCUGAGAAAACCCCGGUAUCACGAUUAAGAUACAUUAAUUCAUUCUAAGGUGCUGGAGAUGUAUUAAAUGAACCAACCAUUGUUUUAUUUAUUAUUGUAUUUUGCCCCCACAACAUUUCUAUGUUUUUUAACAGUUCCUGUCUCUUGUAAACAGAAGUAAUGCAGUAACCACAUAAUAAAGUAAAUGAUGAUGAACAUUUCUACAGACAAAACUCUUACUGGGUAAAGUCGAGAGAGCAGAGGUCUGAUUUCCCUGACAUGACUGACGCCAAGAGUCGAAGCACCGUGGUUAUGCUUCAUGUGAUUGGCCUAAUCCAAAUCCAAGCCACAGACUGGCUCUAAUGGGGCUGAUCAUUUAGUUAUUCAUUUUAUUUUAUUUAAACUCCUAAUUAUAAGGUUCUCAUAAGCAGCAGUUAAUAGGUGAUAGAGCCCUUGUUAGUCCUUACAUAAAUAUGACUAUAUAAGUGUUUAAAUGCACGUUUAUUGUCAGUUUAUGAAACAGUCCUACACUCUCACAGGAAACUUGUUAACAGUUCAUAGAUGCUUAAGAAGUUAAAUGCAAGUCCUGUGAGUUUCUUACAAUUGUUUAAAGCAACAUGAGCAUGUUUUUUGAGUUCAAUUGAGGCUUUUAUUUAAAGUUUCUUAAAACUUUUUCCAGCAUGUAAACUAUGUUUUAGGUCACAGAAAACUGAUCUUCCAGGGUUAAAAUGUUGAAAACGAAUGAAAGAAAGAAAGAAAAACGAUGAAGCAGUGUUUGUAGCAUCACUGACAAAUGUGAACACUGAGUUUGUGUUAUGAUGUGGAAGAAAUCGCGUCUGCACGCCGAUGAAACGGAUGUUCUGUUGUUUAACGUGCACAUCCAGCGUACGUGAAUGUGUGCGGGAUAUACGUUUUUUUAAGUGUGACGUAUGGGCGGAGAUUAUUUACGAAAUGCUUCUGAAACACGACAGAGACUAAAAAAGCGUUUCUAAAAAUACUCAACUACUAUUACCAAUUACCAAGCUUUUUUGUCGCUUUAUGAAGAUUAAUACAUACACGGUUUCACAUUUACUAACAGUUAACCGCAAACUCAACCGCCUUUUCAAGAUGGAUAAAUAAUAAGAGCUCAUAAGGUUUCAUUUUUGUUCUUUAGCAGUUCAUAAACAGUUAACAAUGUUCUUAUAAUUGCUUAUGAAUGUCUUGUAAUCUCACAAUUAACGUGUAUUGUGCUAUUAUGAACAUACUUAUUAUUAAGGCUUACAUAGUCUUAUCUUAAGGACUUACAAGGGUUGUAUUUUCCUGUUAUUCAGUGCUUAUUACAAGGUCCCAUAUUAAGCUGGCAUGAGAGACCUGCAGUGAAACAGUAGACUACAUGACUGGCUUGUACAAAAGGCUUCUCAGCAACUCCACUGUGCUGCAGCUGCAGUUUCCCUGCUCGACAAACGACAGUGGACCAAACAAGAGUUCAGAGUUCAGCGCACAAAAAAAAAAACGACACAGACGCACAAACUUCAAGUUUUAUACUCGGAUGCAUGACUGGAAACGUGUUUUUAAUGUCGACUGCCCUCACAAUCUGCAUGCCACAGCUGCUGUUUGUGAGAUGAGGAGAAAAGCGCCAUCUCGUGGUUUUUGUAACAGCUGGCAGGACAGACAGGAGAAGCACAAGAGUGACUGUGUCUGUAACAGGAAGAGAUGACUUAACAUUGAGUUAUUUGCUGGUCGGUUUUGUUCAUUUUAUUCAUGUCGUAUAAAAGUUCGACUUGUGGAAGGAAUACUAGUUUUGUAGAUUUCUUCACACCUGUAUAACUAUAAAUGUUUUUUUAUUUUAUUUAUGUGUGAAUGAAUGUUGCUGACUUUUACGGUCACAAAACAGAUGCGACCUGUGUGUUUUGAACAGACGAAUUCUGUCAAAGUCAAGAAAAAGUUUUUCUUGUCAUCAAAAAACAUUUUAAAACUAUUUGAAGAAACUCUUUGGCCAUUACAUAUUAUUUUAUGGCCGACUGACAAAGAUCAGACAAAGAUCAGGAGAGAGAUUUACUCAUUUUUAGAGAACUUUCUAUUUUCUUUUCUGAAUAUACCUUUAAAUGGUAGCAUGUUUCUACAGACCACUGCUAAAUCUUCUGUUUUCUGGUUCUUAGCCAUUGACGGUCUUAACUUCUCUCUCAUUCUCAGUGGAACUUCUACAGUCUUGACAUAUGUUCAUAUAAUUUAUUUUUUCCAUCAUAUUUGGCUAUUUAUUCAUCUCUGUGAAUAAAUUAUCAGCAAAUAGCACUGCGUACAAUAAUAAAAAAGACUCACAAUGAAUGGUUAUCUGGACUAAAACAUACUGAGAACGCUGCCUGUUCGAUGAAACCCAACUGAAAGAAUGUCUCCUCAGAAUCCGACCUCCCGUUGUCUCGGUCGUGAAAUCGAGAAAGGACGUAAUGUACCAGGUGCUGUGAGACCGUUUGUGUAUGAAAUUGUCUCUGUCUUAACCACAAAACUGGCCUGUGAAUUUAAGGGGUAUUUUGCAUUGACGUAUAAAGUCAGUUUUUGUCUGGCAGGAUGUGUUCAUGGUUGUGGACGAAGGACAGCUUGUGGUUCACAGUGUAACUUUUAAUGUGACACAUAACGAUUAAAUGGCAGAGGUCAGACUGACA